AUGACCGAGUUAGAAGAUAUUUCCAAGAUAAAAGUAUUUGAUGUCUAUACAAAUAUUGAUGGUGUUGUUCAGAGUUCACUCCAUGAUGUUUUCCGGUACAAAGAUACAGUGAACCAAGAGACACUACUUACAACCAGUACUUCAGUCAAUACCUACACCAAAACGGAUGGCCUUGAUGACAGAAAUGAAGAAAUCGAAAGUGAUAGUUCUCUAAAAACUAUUGAAUUACUCAAUACAGGAAUUGGUGAAAAAUCAGAUAAAUUAAAUAAAGAGUUUUUCAAUAAUUUAAAGAAUACAAAACAUAAUGUGAAUAAUAACAGACUACAGUUAAGUCAGCCGAACUCCUGUUCCAUAGAUAGAUUCAAUAGGACUACUGAUGUUUAUCUGACUCCGGAUACUACUGUGAAAACUAGCUCGAACAGUAGUGUCAGUAAUCUAGCAUCGCUUUAUGGGAAUGAUAAAUGGACAUCCAAUAUUGAAAAUGCUUUUGUAGAUUCAUUAAGAAUCAUAAUGAAGAACGGUACAUACAAGAUAAAGAUAUUCGAUAAAAAUUAUGGGAGAAAUGAAUUGAUUUCUAUGUACAUAAAACAUAAAACGGGAGAAGUAAGAACUAAGAAACAAAUAUCAUCACAUAUCCAAGUAUUAAAAAAGGCAUUUAAGUCAAAAAUUGAAGGAAAGUUGAAAUUAGAUCGGUUAGAAACCGAAAUGCACAAUUUGAUAGAAAAUGGUGCUGAGCCAACUGAAAAAACAAUACAUACUUUUUUUACUGUUUUCGAAAACAUUAUAAAGGACAUCGAAAAAGAAAGAGGAGAUCAUUUUGGUAAACAUAAUUUGAACAACUCAAAUUUAAUAACUCCAUUAACAUCGAAGCUUGACGAUUCCUCUUUUCUAAGCAAUGACAAAGUUGGUCUUAUUAGUGAUGAUUCAAAAAUGUAUUCACCUUCUACAGCACUUUCACAUGCUAAAAUGAUUUAUAAAAAUCUGAAAGAUUACACCUGUGUUUUAUCAGUUAACUAUUCAAAAGUUUUUAUAGAUGAUUCUCCUAAAGAGGAAGAACACCAAGACAAAUCUGCUCAACCAAAUGAUAUGAGAAAUGAUAGCUCUACGUUAUCUAAAACUGGUAGCAUAAAAAAACCAGCUCAUAUGAAAACCAAUGGAAAAGAUUCGAUUUCUAGAAGUUCACUGAUAAAACUUGCCAAAAAAGUGAAAUUACAACAAAGACAGCUUAUAGAAGAUAAGAUGACAGUUAAUGAGAGUUUACCUGGGACAUGCGCCAGACAAGCUUUUGCUAAAAUUACAACUACUUACUCAAAUGGUCAAUUACAAACGAAAAUGAAUCCUGCUGCUUCUUCAUCUGGAUCAUCAGGGAAUAGCAAUUAUAAUAUCUCUAUAAUACAAAAUCAACCACAACCUUACUUGGUGCAAUAUCCAUCAUUUCUGUCAAGUGCUUCCUCUUUACCGUUAAUGCCGCAACCAAAUAUCGUAUACCCACAUCAACAACAACAGUUACCGUUUCUAUUACAGGGUAUGGUAUCCCCAACUUAUUCGAAUUUUAGAAUGCUUCAACCAGCACCCACAUCCCAGCAAUUUUAUAAUUCAAAUCAUGGAAUAAGGCAAAUGGUUGAAUCAUACAAAAUUUCGUCUCCACCUCCACAAACAGUUCUACGAUCACAUAGAUUCCAAGGUCCAGAUUCAAAUGCAAACGCAAAUUAA